AUGGGCAAUAAGAAGAAAGUCAUAGUAACAGGCUUCGAACCUUUUGGAGAACAUGCUGUGAACUCCAGCUGGGUAGCAGUACAGGAACUGGAACGACUGGGGCUGGGUGAGGCUGUAGAUCUUUUUGUUUGUGAGGUGCCUGUGGAGUACCAGGCAGUGCAGAAUCUACUUCCAUCUCUGUGGGAACAGCACCUACCACAGCUAGUAGUCCACGUUGGUGUGUCAGGCUUAGCAACCACAGUCACUCUGGAACAGUGUGGCCAUAAUAAGGGCUAUAAACGCCUGGACAAUUGCCGCUUCUGCCCAUCUUCCCAAUGUUGCAUGGAAGACGGGCCCGACUGCAUCAGCUCUCUUCUGGACAUGGACAAGGUCUGCGAAAGGGUUAACAAAUCUGAUAUAGGUGUCACUGUGUCAGUGUCCAAGGAUGCGGGAAGAUACCUGUGCGACUUCACUUACUACUCAUCACUGUUUCUGGGCCACGGCCGCUCCGCCUUCAUACAUGUGCCUCCACUGGGCAAACCUUACAGCAGCCAGCAACUGGGCCGAGCGCUUCGGGCUGUCGUCGAGGAGAUGCUGGCACUCCUGGACGGGGUUAACAAUGACGAGCCGAACUGCAAAGAUGCACCUCAGCAGCGGUACGAUCACCUCUGCUGA